AUGUCAAGCACAUCAGAUCGCAUCCUCAGGGUCGGAAUCAUCGGCUGCGGAGAGAUCUCGCAAGUCGCCCAUAUUCCUAACAUCAACUUUCUCUCCCAUAAGUUCCAAACAACCUAUCUCUGCGAUAUCUCCAAGCAAGCUCUAGCCUACUGCGCCACCAAAGUUCAGGGCGGUAGUCCCAAGACAACCACCAACCCUGAAGAACUUUGCUCCUCACCUCAUGUCGACGUGGUUUUGAUCGCCAACGCAGACGCAUACCAUGUCGAGCACGGUAUCCUAGCUCUCAAUAAUGACAAGUACUGUCUUAUUGAGAAACCAGCUGCGACUUGCUUCCGAGACAUAGACAGACUUAUUGAAGCGGAGAAGGCUUCAAAGGGCAAAGUGUUUGUUGGAACGAUGCGACGCUACGCUACUGCUUUUAUCGAUGCCGUGGCAGAGGUUGGUGGCAUGGAGAAGAUUCAGUAUGCUAGAGUGAGGGACAUCAUCGGACCUAACUCUACCUUCGUUGAGCAGAAUGGCACGUUUCCUCAAAAGUUUAAUGACUUUACCGAGGAAGAUGGUCAGGAUAGAAGCCGACGGGAGGCCGAUAUCUUCGAGCAAGCUCUUGUUAAAGAGUUUGGAGUGCCCAGUACACCCCAAUCGCAAAGAAUGCUAAGAGUUCUGGGAGCCCUUGGGACCCACGACCUCUCAGCAAUGCGCGAGAUUCUCGGCAUGCCCAAAUUCGUCGCCGGCGCCGUGCUAACCCUCCCCGGGAUCUUCAGCGUACUAUUUCAAUACGAUGACUUCCCCGUCACAUAUGAAUCAGGUCUCAGUGGUGUACCUCAGUUCGAUGCACACAUCGAAGUCUACUCAGCCAACAAAAUCGUAAGAGUCAACUUUGACUCUCCUUACGUUAAGGGCCUUCCUGUGGUUAUGACGAUUCGAGAGAAGAUUGGUGAGGGUGGAUUCCAAGAGAGAAUUAUUAGAAAGACGUAUGAGGAUCCGUAUACAUUGGAGAUGCUAGAUCUUUAUGAUUGCGUUGUUGGAGGGAAAGUGCCUAAGACAAGUGCGGCGGAUGCUCGGAAAGAUGUUGAACUGUUUGAGAUGAUCUUGAAGGCUGGAGCUGAUCGAUUCAAGUCUUAG